AGAGACAAAUAGCCCCAAAUUUUGCACUCAACUUAGUGAUACUGUUUCUGCGUCAAUUCCUCACACUCUUUUCAAUUUCAUGCUCUUCUAGGAUCUUCAUUUUUGAAAUCUUCAUCUUUCUUUUGUGGGUGUUUCAUUCAUUUUUCAUCCAUUAUCAAGAAAAUGAAGGUUUCUGAGGACAAGAGUUAUAAUAACUCUAACUCAAUUAACCCCACAAAUUUUCAAGGAGGGUUAGAUUCUAGAAAGAUUGGGCAAAACAGAAGAGUGUUGGGAGUGAUUAAUCAGAAUCUUGUUAUGGAAGGGAGACCAUAUCCAUGUGUUGUUAACAAAAGAGCAUUGUCAGAGUAUGUUUUCUUUGUGUUCUUGUGGAUUUUUGUUCUUGUUCUUGUUUUCUUUGUUUUGAUCUUUGUUUUUGUUUUUUGUUUUUUUGUUUUUGUUUUGUGGGUGUAUUGCAGAAGAAAUGAGGUUUGUGAGAAGAAACAAGCGGAUCCGGGGCAUCGACCCAUUACUAGGAGGUUUGCUGCAAAAGUUGUUGCUGACACAAAAAAAUCUAAUGCUGAGGGAACUACCAAAAGGUCAAAUUUGGGAAAUUCAAAUGGAUUUGCAGAUAGUAUAUUUGUUGACGAUGAACACAAGCCAGCGGAAGAUCAACCAGUGCCAAUGGCUUUAGAGCAAAUAGAAGAACCAACGCUUGUUGGAUCAGAUCAGAUGGAGGAAGUUGAGAUGGAGGAUAUAAUGGAAGAGCCUGUUUUGGAUAUUGACACCUGUGAUGCAGAUAACCCUCUUGCGGUUACCGAAUAUAUUGAAGAUCUUUAUUCUUUCUAUAGAAAAGUUGAGAGUACUGGCUGUGUCUCACCAAAUUAUAUGGCACAACAAUUUGACAUUAAUGAAAGGAUGAGGGCCAUACUCAUUGACUGGCUUAUUGAGGUGCACGACAAAUUCGACCUCGUGCAUGAGACACUGUUUCUUACAGUUAAUCUAAUAGACAGAUUCUUGGAAAAGCAAUCAGUGGUAAGAAAGAAGCUUCAGUUGGUUGGUCUAGUGGCAAUGCUUUUGGCAUGUAAGUAUGAGGAAGUUUCUGUGCCUGUAGUUUCAGAUCUGAUUGUUAUAUCAGACAAAGCAUACACAAGGAAAGAAGUUCUGGAAAUGGAGAAGGUGAUGGUCAACACAUUGAAGUUUAACAUAUCUGUGCCGACAGCAUAUGUUUUCAUGAAACGAUUCCUGAAGGCUGCUCAAGCAGACAGAAAACUUGAGUUGCUAGCUUUCUUCUUGGUAGAGCUAUCUCUAGUAGAAUAUGCAAUGUUGAAGUUCCCUCCUUCUCAACUUGCUGCAGCUGCUGUCUAUACAGCUCAAUGCACUAUCUUUGGUGUCAAACUGUGGAAUAAGACGUGUGAAUGGCACACCAACUACUCAGAAGAUCAACUAUUAGAGUGUUCUAGUUUAAUGGUUGAUUUUCACAAGAAGGCUGGGAUAGGGAAACUUACUGGUGCACAUAGGAAGUAUUGCACAUCCAAAUUUAGCUUUACGGCAAAAUGUGAACCGGCAACUUUUCUUCUGGAGGACAACAACCUGUAGCAGACCUUAGCUACAUUACAUGAUGAUGAUUGGAUUACAAACAUUUAACUUUCAUAAUUGGGGCUUUAAGAAUGUAAGCAACUUGGGUUGCAAUGGGAAUGGGAAACUAAUAUUUUGAGGAUUCUGAAAUCCUCACUCAGUGACUUUUACAUACUUGUUCUCUAGUUAUUAUUCCUGUGUAAUGUUCUGACUGAACAUAGUUCAUAUUUACAACUGUAUUUCUCAUGUUCCCAUUGAACAUAAUAAUGGAAAUAUAUACCAAAUUUUCAAUUA